AUGGAAGAUAAAUUUUGGCCAGAAAUCAUAAACGACUUGAAAUUAUUACUCGAAACAAAGAGUAAUCAAGAUCAAGAGAUUCUCAGAGCUCACAUGUUACCCGGAUCAGCCAAAACAGCACCGAAAUCAUUUAGAAACUGUUCAGAUGAUAAUUCCAUUGAAUCGGUUUCGACGACGGAACCAAUUCGUCGUCAAAGUCUGAUAAAAAUAGAUUCGACGAUAAUAACCACACAACAUGCGUUAAUCUUUUCAAAUUGGAUAGAUAGGAAGUUUAAUGGUUAUCAAAGUUUAAAAAUGGCCCCUUACGAAUUUAAUUUAUUAUUGCGUGGGAGUCGAGAUGGUAUGGACUCAAAAAAAUUUCAUAAAUUAUGCGAUAACAAAGGUCCAACGAUUUUGGUGAUUAGAGUAAAAAAUUCUCGACAAAUUGUCGGAGGGUACAAUGCUUCUGAAUGGGAUUCUUCGGAUAGCACAAAGUUCUCUACCGAAUGUUUCUUAUAUUCGUUUGCGGAUUAUAAUAAACUCGAAACCGGUACAAUCGGACGUGUAAAAUCUCAUGGUUGCUCCGUACGUUGUUAUAAAGAUUGUGGUCCCAUCUUUGGUAAUUAUGAAGGUGUCCUCAUAUCAUUCGUAAAAUCAAUUCCAUUGAUUUUACGAGGAGAAGCUGAAUUUGAAUUAGAUUUUUGUAAAUUAUUUGUCGAGCCAAGCGGAUUUGCGUGCCCAGUUGAAAAGGGAGAUUUCGACUUGGUUAAUAGAGGAUGA